AUGAGUGGAAGUGGAACAUCGAGCGGAGCGUCGACCAAGGCCGGGCAAGCAUUGGCUCGAGUCCUGGGCAUCAAACUCCAGGACGACGACGGAAAUGCCUACCGGUACGAAGACCCAGUCACCAGAGGCGAGUCUGUCUUUUCUACCCGAAGUGGCGAGAACCCAAUCGAGGCGCCGCCUACUACUUCGGAAUGGCUCAAUGAACAGCUUCCUUCGCGGGGCGAGGUCGUUAGCUAUGUCAAGUCUCUCUUCCCGUUCAUAUCCUGGCUUCCUCAUUACAACUUGCAAUGGCUCGCCGGCGAUGUUGUGGCCGGCAUCACUAUCGGAGCUGUCCUCGUCCCCCAGGGCAUGGCCUAUGCAUUGCUGGCGAACCUCCCUCCUCAGUACGGCCUGUACUCGUCCUUUAUUGGACCAGCCACUUAUUGGAUCUUUGGUACAUCCAAAGACAUAUCCAUUGGCCCGGUAGCCGUCUUGUCCACCGUCGUGGGAACGGUGGUGGCAGACGUCGCAAGUGAUCUCCCUCCAAACAUUGUAGCUACGGCGUUUGCCGUCAUUGCCGGAAGUAUUGUUCUCGGCAUUGGCCUCCUUCGCCUUGGCUGGAUAGUUGAUCUCAUCUCCAUCACCUCACUCUCGGCUUUCAUGACGGGGUCUGCCAUUACUAUUGGCGCCAGUCAACUCCCUUCGCUGUUUGGCAUCACAGGCUUUUCCAACAGAGACCCAGCGUACAGAGUCAUCAUCAACACUCUAAAACACUUGCCUGAUACCAAGCUCGAUGCCGCCAUUGGCCUAACGGCGCUCUUCUUCCUCUAUCUGAUACGAUACGCUUUGACCAGAGCCGCCGACAGGUGGCCAGCCAAUAAGCGCAUCAUCUUUUUCCUCAACACCAUGCGGACAGUGUUUGUCAUUCUCCUUUACACCAUGGUGAGUUGGCUGAUCAACAAAGAUCGGAAGUCUCACCCGGCGGUUCGUGUUCUAGGGAUUGUUCCAAAAGGAUUCGAGCACAACGGCGUUCCAGAGAUCCCGCCAGGACUUGUGUCAAAGUUUGCUUCCCACCUCCCGGCAGGUAUUAUCGUCAUGUUGGUGGAGCAUAUUGCCAUCUCCAAGUCGUUUGGCAGGGUGAAUAACUACACCAUUGACCCAUCGCAGGAAAUGGUUGCUAUUGGCAUGACCAACCUGUUGGGCUCGUUUCUCGGUGCCUAUCCGUCCACCGGGUCUUUCAGCCGAACAGCCAUCAAAUCGAAGGCCGGCGUCAGAACUCCUGCCGCGGGACUCGUCACCGGACUAGUUGUGCUCUUGGCCACCUACCUUUUGACGGCCGUCUUCUUCUACAUCCCUAAUGCAGUUCUCGCAGCGGUUAUUAUCCACGCCGUCGGCGACUUGAUCACGCCGCCCAACACGCUGUAUCAGUUUUGGAGAGUCUCGCCCAUAGAAGUUUUCAUCUUCUUCAUCGGUGUUUUCAUCAGCGUGUUUGCGCAGAUUGAGGAUGGUCUGUAUGCCACCGUGUGCAUAUCGGCUGCCGUUCUCAUAUAUCGCAUCUUGAAGGCGCGUGGGCGAUUCUUGGGCAAAGUCAAAGUCCACUCUGUCCUGGGAGAUCACGUUAUUGGAGAAGACCACAAGCAGCUGGUGGGAGAAUAUGGCACAUUUGAGGAAAGGGCUGAGAAUGCUGCCAGGAAUAUCUUCCUACCGCUUGACCACGGCGAUGGCUCCAACCCCGAAGUCGAGUUGGAAAACCCAUACCCUGGCAUCUUCAUCUACCGUUUCUCCGAGGGAUUCAACUAUCCAAGCGCAAACUAUGCCUUGGAGUACUUGACCAGCUUCAUCUAUGCGCACACACGCCGAUCCAGCCCAGAGACGUAUGAGCGCAAGGGCGACCGGCCGUGGAGCAAUCCAGGUCCUAGAAAUCCUGGAAAAUCCAGAGAGGAUCCCGAGCACAGCCAAAAGCCGACCCUCAAGGCCAUUAUUCUAGACUUUAGCUCCGUUAACAAUGUGGACAUCACGUCGGUCCAGCGCCUUAUCGAUGUGCGGAACGUGCUCGAUACAUACACUGCCCCGGAUGUUGUAGACUGGCAUGUCGCAUGCAUCAACAAUCGAUGGACCAGGCGAGCGCUCAUCGCCGGAGGAUUCGGCACUCCCACAAAGUCGCGGGAUGGCAUUCCGCACAGGUGGAAGUCCAUCUUUAGCGUCGCAGAGAUUGGCGGAAAAGACUCUGCUGCGGCAGUUGCCGAGGAGAAUGCCAUCAAGAGAGAACUAUCCAUCAUGGCGCAUAGACCAGGAGAUGAAGAAAUGGCAAAGGCCAAUGCCAUGGUUGAGGAGGAGGAGGAAGAAACACCCAGGCCGAGUAAUCUCGCAGAGAAACUAGGAGGAUCUCCCAAGCCGGCAUUCAGACGAAAGGGGGCCAUCAUCAGCGGCUUAGACAACCCCCUAUUCCACGUAGACUUGACCAGUGCCGUGCAGAGCGCCAUUGCCAAUGUAGAAGCCAGAAUGGAGGCGAGCGGCAGCGGGUGA